CAAAUCGACCGCGCAUCAAGAAAGCUUACCGGACACGUUCAAUCAUAUAGAUAUAUCUGCAACCUUAUUUACAAUACGCUCAAGAAAAAAGAGGACGGAUAACACUAUAAAUCAAAAUGUCCGACUCAAAAGCCGCCCUCCUCUCCCAAUCCGAACCCAUCGACCCCCCGCCCGCCUACGACACAACAAGCAACAACCCACCAGCGCGCACACCCCUCCCCCGCCCACCGCCGCUCUCCCUCCCGGUGCUCAACGAGCUUCGCGGUAAGCGAGUCAUCCUUGCCUCCCAAUCCCCGCGCCGCAGACAAAUCAUGUCCCACCUCGGCCUGCCCAACCUAGAAAUCAUCCCGUCCAACGCAGAAGAGGAUUUCCCCAAGACAAUGGAGCCAUUCGAGUACGUGCUCGCCACGGCCACAAAGAAGGCGCAAGCAGUGUAUGAACAGGAGAUCGUGAAUGAGGAGAAGGGCGAGCCGGCGCUGAUUCUCGCGGCGGACACCAUCGUCGUGGAUACGGCAACCGGGACGAUUCUUGAGAAGCCGCGCUCCGAGGCGCAGCAUAUUGCCAUGCUGAAGUCGCUACGGGAUAACCGUGACCAUAAGGUGUAUACGGCGAUGGCGGCGAUGGCGCCGUUGGUUAGUGCGCGGCAGCCGGGGUAUGCGCUUGAGACGGCACUGGAGGAGACGAGGGUGCGGUUUGAUGGGGAGGUUACGGAUGAGUUGAUCUUGGCUUAUGUGCGGACUAGGGAGGGGGCGGAUAAGGCUGGUGGCUAUGGGUUGCAGGGGCUGGGGUCGAUUUUGGUGGAGAGUAUUGAGGGGAGCUGGGAUAAUGUGGUGGGGUUGCCGUUGAAGUCGGCUUUGAAGUUGAUGGAAAAGGUGGUUGAGAAGGCUGAUGAUGAUGAUCGGUUGUCGGGUGGGCUUGAGCAAGAAGUGGAAGAGGAAAGCGAUUAGGUUGGAGGACCGUGGUUUGCUUGCAUACGGCAUGUUUUGAUAAACGCUGGUCGUUUGUACAGUUUUGAGGGUUAUCGAGGGCCGCAUAGAAAUGGUUUAGAAAAAAAAAGGGAAAAAAAUAUUUGCCAAUAGGAUCCAUUCGAGCAGUUACAUAUCUUUUAGCUCAAUACCAAGAGCGCCAACCAGCUGGACUGGCUUACUUUAACAGAAACAGCAUGUACAUAGG